GGCCUCGCACCCUUCCGAAUCUGGUCCUAAGCGCUCCUGGAGCAGGACUUCAGCCAUGUUGCCGCGUGUCAGCCCACCUCGCCCAGCCAAUCCCCUUGCUUAUGUGCUGCCAUAGUGGAGGGGGCGCGCGGCGCACCUCGUCUGGCUACACCAUCACCGGUGCAACGGUGGUCCCCGCAACAGAACCCGGCUUUCUGAGGAGAACCUCCAAACACGAACCCGGGCCGGGUACACCAUCACCGGUGCAACGGUGGUCCCCGCAACAGAACCCGGCUUUCUGAGGAGAACCUCCAAACACGAACCCGGGCCGGGUACACCAUCACCGGUGCAACGGUGGUCCCCGCAACAGAACCCGGCUUUCUGAGGAGAACCUCCAAACACGGACCCGGGCCGGGGCAGCCCAGCGGGGGCGUCUCCCACGCCAGGCUGUGAAAUUUGACACUGCGACGGCCCAUCCUGCCCGACGUCGCUGUGCCCUUCCUCUCGCAUUUUACCCCUUCAAGAUGGAGGCUUUGGGGGGUUACCCCACCAAAUCCUCCAGCCCCAAAGCCAGAAUGUUCACCGUUCUGCUGAGCAUGACGGUCGGCGUGGGCUGUUUGUUCCUCCUGCUGGCCAAGCCCAGGAGACCCCGGGAUUUCUAUUCGUUUGAGGUGAAAGACGCGAGGGGGAGGACGGUGUCGCUGGAGAAGUUCCGUGGAAGAGCUUCUCUGGUUGUAAACGUGGCGAGUCGCAGCGAGAACACGGAGGUGAACUACCGCUCCCUGCAGGAGCUGCACCGGGAACUGGGCACGUCUCACUUCAACGUCCUCGCCUUUCCCUGCGGCCAGUUCGGCGACACCGAGCCGGGGUCCAGCCGGGACGUCGAGGCGUUCGCCAAGGCCGAAUACGGCACCACCUUCCCUUUCUUCGGCAAGAUCAAAAUCAUGGGGUCAGAGGCAGAACCUGCCUUCAGAUUCCUCACAGAUUCCAUUCAGAAAAUUCCAAAGUGGAACUUCUGGAAGUUCCUGGUGAAUCCGGAGGGGAAAGUCACCCGGUUUUGGCGAGCGGAUGAGCCCAUGGAGAGUGUGCGCCAGGAAGUCACUGCGCUGGUGCGGCAAAUCAUCUUAAAGAAACGAGUUGAACUCUAAACGGCCGCGGGGCUUCUCCUUUCCCAGUCCGCACCUCUACAUGUGUCUCUUCUUCUGCACCACUUGUGGGCGUGGCAGCCCGAGCUGGUGCAGCUCAGUGUGGUGGAUGUGAUGUGCAUCCUCAUCCCAGCGCAGGACCAUCAGUUGUAGCCCAGGGGUGGUGGAGCUAAAGCAGGUCCAGCUGUGUGCCAGCAGCUGGACCUGCUCUCGAUACCGUUUACAACCGUCGUCAGGAAAAACCUCGACUAGCAUGCCGGACGCCCACCGUGUUGCUGCCUGCUGGCCCAGCGGUGAAGGAGUUCUAGCCAGCAAGCUCCCUGCAUUUGAUUUAGACCUAAACAAUAUUCCAGUUUGGCCUAAACUGGUGGUUCUCAAUCAGGUCCUCAGGUACCAACCAAAUUGCUGGUUUUUUAUUCGACCCGGUUUACGUCACCUGUUGUUCCGGAUCUGUAAUGUAAUUAUCCACCUGGCAUAAUGGCAAACCGGCAGAGCUGGGGGUACCUGAGGACCUGAUUGAGAACCACUGCUCCAACCUAUGCUCCUUACUGUCUCUUACUGUUUACACUACACUGUGUAAUUUGCCACUGAUAUCUUGUUGAGCCUGCUGUGGUAAAUCACAUUGUUUUCCUCGAUUUGAUGUAUUUUAAUGAAGCAUCUUCCCCUAAUAAAAACCCCAUGGAC